AUGGCCGGGCCUGGAGACCCGCGGCCCCUCUGCAGGCUGGUGCAGGAGGGCCGGCUGCGCGCCCUGCAGGGGGAGCUGCGGACGGACGGAGGCUGCCCGGGGCCGGCCGGGGACACCCUCCUGCACUGCGCUGCCUGCCACGGGCGCCUGGACGUCCUGGCCCAUCUGGUCGAGGCCUGGGGCUUGGACAUCGAGGCCGCCAACCGAGACUACAAGCGGCCUCUGCACGAGGCUGCCUCCAUGGGCCAAAGGGACUGCGUGCGCUACCUGCUGGGCCGAGGCGCGGCGGUCGACUGCCUGAAGAAGGCCGACUGGAUUCCCCUGAUGAUGGCUUGCACAAGGAAGAACCUUGAGGUGAUCCAGGACCUUGUGGAACAUGGCACCAACCCCCUGCUGAAGAACAAAGACGGCUGGAACAUUUUCCACAUCGCCAGUCAAGAGGGCGACCCUCUGAUCCUCCAGUACUUGCUUACUGUUUGCCCAGAUGCCUGGAAUACAGAGAGCAAGAUUAGAAGAACUCCUCUGCACAUGGCAGGUACACAUGUGCAGCCUGCUCUCCCCAGCACUGCGAACGUCAUUCUGCUCAAGUCGCCUGCAGGGGAACGGAGGAUUGUGCAAAAUAGAGGGCAGGAAAGAAGAGCAUCUUGGGGACUUUGGCAUACAGUUAGUUUCUAAAGCUGAUGUAACUUGGCUAGCAUGCUCCUCUUAUAUCAGUUCACUUUUCGUGUAUCCCCCGUAGUUAAACGGUGAGCUGGUUCUGUUCUUUACAAAGUCUUUGACCAUGGGCAAGGAACUUAGUCUCUCUCUUGAGCAAGUUUCCUUGUCAGCAAAAUAAUCGUGUAGCAAUACCCAUGUCACAGGGUUGCGUAGCUUUUAAAUAGCCCAAUAUAUGUAAAUCCCUUAGACAAUGUUUGGCACAUAGUAAGCACAGAAUAGCUGGUUGCUGCUAUUUUUAUCAUUUCCACGUUGUAUUUAUUAAAGACAAAGAGGAAGAGAGA